UAAAUGUUAUUAAAAGUACGCAAUGUUUACGAAAAAACAUUUGUUUAAUGUUUUGAACGAAAACUUGUGACCAAAGACUUGCAUUUAAAUGAAGACAUUAGUUAACAAUGAAUAACAUUAAUCCAGUGUUUGGACAGUUAGUUAUAGGACCGGCCGGAUCGGGAAAGACAACAUAUUGCGAUGUUAUGGCCAAAUAUUUACGACAAUUGGGCCGAUCGGUGAUACUGAUCAAUAUUGAUCCGGCAAACGAUGUCCUCCCAUAUGAGGCCACUAUUGAUAUUUCAAAACUGAUUACUUUAUCGGAUGUUAUGGAAACAAUGUCUUUGGGACCUAACGGUGGUCUACUUUAUUGUAUAGACUACUUGAACAGCAACUUUGAUUGGCUUCGAGAUGGGCUACAAAAGGCCAUCGACGCCAUAGAAAGCGGCGACAAAGACAGCAGUGGUAAGCCAUCGAUACCUUAUAUCUUAGUGGACAGUCCGGGACAGAUAGAGCUCUAUACUAACCAUUCAUCACUCAAGAAUGUCUUAACCAAAUUGAAUUCGUUGUCAAAACAAUUAACUAUUAAUAGCAGUGAUGUUGCAACCAAUGGUGGAAGUGCUUCCAGUGAUCACCAGAAAAUAAUAGACUUACGUCUGGUUUGUGUCAAUAUAGUUGACUCUCACUAUUGCAACGAUCCUUCAAAGUUCAUAUCAGUUGCACUCAAUUGUCUCAAUACAAUGAUUCACUUAGAGAUGCCACACAUCAAUGUCUUAUCAAAAGUAGAUAUCAUCCAAAAGUACGCCAAAUCAGACUUUGGUCUCGACUUUUACUGUGAAGUUCUUGAUCUUAACUAUUUGGUCGAUAAAAUCAGUGACGACCCGUUUUUAGCUAAAUUUAAGAAAUUAACCAAAGGGUUGGCUGGAAUUAUAGAAGAUUAUAGUUUAAUUUCAUUUAUUCCUCUGGAUGUAAACAAUGCUAAGACAGUUUUAAACGUACUGAAAGGUUGUGAUCGCGCAAAUGGAUUUUAUUUAAGUGAUUUAGAUGAAGAACAAUUGAUCCAAAAGUAUUUUAGAGACAGCGGUUCGGCCAACUUUGAGAGUUCAAAAUACGAUGAAUUACUCGACAAUCUUCACGAAUGACACACAA